UUUUUUUUUUUUUUUUUUUCAAUCUUUUUGAUUCUCACUCUCUUUCUUCACACAAUGUGGCUGCCGUCCUUGACGUCGUCGGCUGCUGUUGCGCGCACGGCCGUCGUCGCUGUGGCUGCACGCUCGUCUGCAAUGCUUUCUGGGCCUGCCCGGCCGGCCCCCUCCGCCGCGAUGGCGAGAUCUCUGUCUUUGAGUGCAGCCUCCUCGGCAAUGCUGCUGAGCCAGCGAGGAGCCGGUCGCUUGCCCGCCAUGCCCCUCGCAGUCGCCGCCACAUCGAGCCCGCUCCAUCAACAACAGUCACGAUCGUUGACAACUGGCCGUCGCAUCCGCAAGCUCGCCAUCAAGCGAAACAAGGUCAUCCUGCUUCAAGACAUUUCUGACGUUGGCAAGCGAGGGCAGGUUAUCGCAGUCCGACCGGGCUUUGGCCGAAACAAUCUCGUCAUGUACGGCAAAGCCCAGCCGUUGCACAUUUUCCGCCAAGAAACAGAAGCACUGUAUGGUCGCGAGGUCUACGAUCGUUUCGCCGAGCUCUCCAAGCGGCUUGAGCCCAAGAAAGAGAGCGCAACCGACGAGCUUGCUCAUUUGGACGACGUUCAAUUCGAUCUUUCGUGGGAGGGCAUCACUUUCUGGAUGGCGGAAGAUUCUCCCGCCACCACCGCUCGUCUCACGUUUGGCGUGUCCGCCGAAGAUGUGAUUGACCAAGUCCGACAGCACCAUAACGUGUCGCUCGCUCGUAGCUCCCUGCCCGCUGACUUCCCGCCAAUCAAGACGCCUGGCACUCACUUUGUGACGCUUCGCUUGACGGACGAGUCCAUCACUUUCCUUACAGUCACGAUUGAUACUCGCUCGCGUGCCGAAAUGCGCGACCUGUUGAACUCUGCCGAAGCUGAAGCUGAAGAAGAUGAGCCGGAGGAGAACGGCGAAGUCGAACCCACACCUAAAGCGGAAGGUGAUGAUUUCUUCCAAUCGCUGUUUUCAACUCCAUCCGACAGUGCAUUGCCGCGGUAGUUUAAUGCUUGUUUGUUGACCUGGAGAUUUGUAACAUAAUACUAGAAACACAACAAUGA